AUGUCCGUCACGCUCCACACCACUCUCGGCGACCUCAAGAUCGAAGUUUUCUGUGAAGCUGUACCGCGUACAGCAGAACUGACGCUCCCGAACUUCCUAGCCCUCUGCGCCUCCGGAGCAUACACCUCCACCAUCUUCCACAGGAACAUCAAGACCUUCAUGGUCCAAGGUGGAGAUCCUACGGGCACAGGAAAGGGCGGACAGAGUAUAUGGGGGAAAGAGUACCCGGAUGAGAUUAGGCAGACGCUUAAAUUCAAUUCGAGGGGGGUGGUGGCUAUGGCGAAUGCUGGGCCGGAUACGAAUAAGGCGCAGUUCUUUAUCACUUAUGCUAAACAGCCAAGCUUAGAUGGGAAGUAUACAAUCUUUGGAAGAGUAAUAGACGGCGCAGAUACCACGCUCGACACAAUGGAGAAAGUCCCCGUCAAUGAAAAGAACCGGCCGAAGACCGAAAUCAAGAUCCUGAAUGUGACAAUACAUGCCAACCCCCUAGCUGAGGCGCAGAGAUAA